UGUUUACAAAUUCGUUUUUAUGUUACGCAGUUCGUCCGUGCUAAAUGAUACACAUGAAAGUAAAUUGCAUCAGAUUAAGUUACAUCGAAUACUUCUCCACAAUUACAGAUGUGAAUAAUCCGCCAGAGGUGUUGUAAAUUUAUGAAUACCAAGGGCUGCGUACAAAACAGUAGUGCAAUUCAGUGGCAAUGCCAGGCACCAGUGACACACGACGACUGGUGGACGCCCUGGACGAGGAUGACGAGAUUCUGGGCACGGAGGGCAGCUUCGUUCCCGCUUUUCGUCCGCAGGACCACCAUGCGGAUGAGCAAUGUCUCAUGGAACGCCAGCAGGACGAGGUAGUUUUGGUGUCCAACGAACCCGAGAGUGGACGACUCUUCACCUACCUCGUGUUCUACCUGUUGGGCAUUGGUACCAUGACCCCGUGGAAUUUCUUUGUGACUGCGGAAGAUUACUGGAAGUACAAGUUCCGGAAUGCAUCGAUUAAUAACACAGACCUGGAGGAAGAGCUCACCCCGUUGCAGAAGAGUUUUACCUGCGACUUGGCUCUCACGGCCACUAUUUCUGGGACUACAUUUCUGCUGCUAAACGCCAUUUUCGGACACCAUGUGUCCCUGCGCACCAAGAUGUUAGGAACGCUGUGGAUGAUCCUCAUCCUUUUCGGGGUUACAACUGGCUUCGUGGAGAUCAACACAGACACGUGGCAGGAACAGUUUUUCCUAAUCACUCUCAUCAUUGUAGUGCUGCUAAAUAUAUCUGCGGCUACAAUGUCGGGAGCCCUCUACGGAGUCGCUGGUCUAUUUCCCUCCGAGUUUAUCACCGCUGUGGUUAGCGGACAGGCUCUUGGUGGUAUCCUCACAGCCCUGGCCUUCAUUCUUGUGCUUGCAUUCGACACGGGUCCCAAUACCACUGCAUUCAUCUUCUUCAUUGUGGGAGGAGUGCUCAUCCUGCUUUGCAUUGUGUGCUACGUAAUCCUGGCUCGAAAGCCUUUCUUUAGGUAUUAUCUCGAAGGUGGCGACAAGUACAAGGUCAUCCGGGCAGUGCCCUCGCACAACCGGAAUGGAAGCGCUGAGGGCUUGCCGCUUGAGCCUAUUUUGCGUCAGGUCAUGUCGAAGAUCUAUCUGCAUGCCAUUUCCCUAGCGCUCCUCUAUACCACGACCCUGUCUGUCUAUCCGGCAGUUACAGUGCUUAUGCAGUCAGAGUACGGCCACAGCGUGUGGACAGAUGUUUAUUUUCUGCCCGUCGUGAACUACCUGAUAUUUAACUGCGGUGACUAUUUUGGUCGUCUGUUUGCUGGCUGGAUGGAGCGACCAUUAAACCAGAACACUUCGCUACUAUUUAUUGUAGUGCGCAUGGCGUUUGUUCCGUUAUUUCUAUGUUCAAACUCCAGCGAACACAGCUUUCUGCCAGUUUUGGUAAAACACGACUAUACUUUCAUAGCGAUGAUGGUAAUGUUUGCCUUGUCCAACGGAUAUUUUACGAACAUACUACUUAUAAUGGCGCCUAAACGCGUAAAGCAGCAUGAAAAGGAGCUGGCUUCGUCGAUAAUGGCAGCUGCUUUGAGCUGUGGCAUGGCUGUGGGAUCACUGCUCAGCCUUGUAUUUGUUCAAAUGCUUUGAAUUAGCCAACAAAAUAAGUCUGCCCAUAGUGCCUUCGGGAGUUUCAGAAUCUUAAGCAUUAUAGUGAUAGUUAACUUGAUAUUGGUUGCUCUUCCAACUACUUAGGGGGUGUUAAUGUUUUUACUUUUGUUACAAGUCUACUGACUGAAAUUAUUUACACAGCGAAAUUUUAUUUAAAUUUUUUCCAAAACGAAGUGUUAUUUAAUAUUUUGAGUUAUUUUGAUGCUGUGUGUUGUUUUCCAAAUUUUACUCAUUUUUUAUUUUAACAAGUUUACUAUAUCGGGAUGCCUAGAUUUAAGGUUUAAAGUUUUCAUUAUAUACUAGGAAUAAGACGAUAUUAAAAAAAUUAGAAC